AUGGGGCAUCAAAUGAGGACGGCGCAGGAGCAGGGCCUAGUGAGCCCCGAGAAGCAUGAAUUUACAUACGCCGUCAAGCUGGACUUCAAGAACACCAACAAUGAGGCAGAAUAUGAAGCAUUUCUGGCAGGCUUGCGCCUCGCCAUAAAAAUGGGAGCUCAAAAUCUACAAGCGCGUGUCGACUCGCUUCUGAUCGCCAGUCAAAUCAAUGGAAUUUAUGAUGCAGAGGGCGAGGUCAUGGCCCAGUAUUUGGAUCAAGCGAAAGAGUUACUUCAACGCUUCAAAUCAUACAAGGUAGUUCACAUCAAUCGCUCUGAAAACAAACCAGCAGACACCUUGAGAAAGCUCGCUUCAACGGCCUUUCAACAUCUAGCCAAAGAUGUAAGGAUUGAAGUACUCAAUAAUCCAUCAGUCCUGCUGCGCCAGUUAAAUGUGAUCGAAGUAGGGCAGCCAUCUUGGAUGACCCCUAUAAUUCAAUAUCUGCAAGAAGGAAUACUCUCGGAGAGCAAAGCAGAGGCAAGGAAGAUUCAGAACAAGGCCCUGCAUUAUGAAAUGAAUGGUGGUAUUUUAUACCGAAAGUCCUUCUUGGGGCCCUUAUUGCGCUGUGUGGACCCCCAAGACGCAAAUUACUUGAUUAGAGAGAUUCACGAAGGGAUCUGUGGCAUCCAUGUAGGACCACGCAUGGUUGUCGCGAAGAUUAUGAACGCUGGUUAUUACUGGCCAGGGAUGCAUGUCGACGCUCUAAGGGAGUUGCGCAAAUGUGAUUCAUGCCAAAGACACUCCCCGAAAACCCUGCGCCCGAAAAACGAUCUCAUUCCUUGGGUGGAGGCCAAAGCUCUCGCCUCAACCACUGCAAAGAUGGUGCGCAAGUUUAUCUGGGAGCACAUCAUUUGCAGAUUUGGUCUCCCACUCAAAAUCGUCACAGAUAAUGGUACCAAUUUUGCUUUACAGGAUCUCCAAAAUUGGAUGAAAGAAAUGAAGAUUGAGCACACUUUCUCCUCCGUUGCGCAUCCUCAAGGCAAUGGUCAGGUGGAAAGUGUCAACGAAAGUAUCAUCGAGGGGAUAAAAGCCCGACUGGGCACAAAGAGAAGAGGUUGGGUAGAUGAGCUCCCAAGCAUCCUGUGGGCUCACUGA